AUGGAGGUACUCCUCUUCGAGCCCGAGACCUUCAACCGUCUCUACAACUGCUCCUUUUACUCGACCGACAUAAUUCCGGUGGAGAACCGACGCCAACGAGCCUUGGGUGCGUUCAUUUUUCCCAGCGGCGCCCUAUCCUUUCUUCUCUACGUGGCUUGCGUCUACGCGAUGAUACAGCGCGAUACAAGGGCGCGUGCCAGCUACAAGCUGAUGAUUUUGCUGGCAUUCUUCCAUCUGUAUGGAAUCGUUUUGAGUGGAAUGACGACUGCCUAUUUCUAUUACUGGGGCACGGUUUACUGCGAACUGCCGACGCUGAUCUAUGUUAUGGGCGGGUAUGGAACAGGUAAGGGGUUUUAGGACUUUAUGGGCUGAAUAAUGUACAGUAUGGGACCUGAUCCAGUGACAAAAAACGUCCCAUUUUGCAUCCGGGAAGUAUCAAAAAUGCGGCAAAACGCUUCCCUCUCCAAGUGAAAAAAUUUCGUUUUGAAGUGCUCUUUUUGUGAGGGAAAAGGCGCGCCUUUGAAAUAGGGGUUUUUCACUUGGAGAGGGAAGCAUUUUGCCACAUUUUCGAUACUUCCCGAAUGCAAAAUGGUACGUUUUUUGCCGCUGGAUCAGGUCGCUCACUGCAGAAGGUACCGUAAAAAAAUUUUUUGCAUUUGAAAUUUUGCUUUCAAAUAUUGAUUUUGUCGCUUUUUUAAACAUUUUCAAGUUUUCAAAAUUUAUCAGUCUGUCGGGAAAAUAAUGAGCAUCAUGUCGCUGAAAAAAUCAAUUUGAUUUUGCCGCGACACAAUUCAAAAUUCAUUCUCUCAGCGACGAAUUUUUCAUCCGACAUUGUCCUCAUUAUUUUCCCGACAGACUGAUAAACCCAAUGUCUGAGAUUAUUAAAAAUGUUUAAAAAAAAUUUUGCCAAAAUUUCGAAAAAAAAACACUCAGAAAAUUCAAAAUGUUUUCAGCCACCUGGAUCGGCGGGACUGUCGCUGGAUCCCUCCUCUCAUUCAACCGUUGCUGCGAGAUGUACAGCAGCGCGCUGGCGGACGCCCUCUUCGGCGGGAAAAAGGUGUUUGUGUGGAUGCUUCUGCCCCUCUCCUUGUGGCUCUACUGUUUCCUGUUCACGAAACCGCUGCUUUUCAACGGAAUCGCCAUGUCCUGGUAUUUCAAUCCGCAUUACAAGUACUUUGACGAUCUGGACGGCACUUAUGUGAAUGAUCUGCACACUCUGAACAACACGUUGACAUUGAUGACGCAGUUGAUGCUGAGUUUCACGUUUGUGGUGCUGUACUUUUCGAGGAUCAAGGGCAGAGCGACCAAGAUGAGCAAAAAUGAUAAAUUGGUGAGCUUGAAGACUUUUCGGACAUUUUUAUAAAAAGUAAAACUUAAAAUACAAAAAAUGAAUGAAAAAUUUGUCUGUCGGGAAAAUAAUGUGCACCCUGUCGCAUCGAAAAUCGCAUCGCUGAAUUGUGUCGCGGCAAAAUGAAAUUGAUUUUUCGCGAUUGGUGCAGCGACAUUGUGCUCAUUAUUUUCCCGACAGACUGAUCCGUAAAAUCAUUUUUUCGGAAUUUUUUUAUUGCAAAUGUCGCAUUUUUUUUUAUUUUCGCAAUUUCUUGCCGAAAAAAUGAUUUUGAAAAAUGGGAUUUUUAACAAAAAAAUUUUUAAAUUAUAAAAUAUAAAAGAAAACGAUAAAUAUUUUAAAAAUUAUCUUUAUAUUUUUUCCAUUUUUUCAGAUGUGCCUCCAAGUAUUUAUCAUUGGUCUCUUUGAAAUCACAGCUGGUGUGACCUUCCUCCUCCAGCAACGAUUUCAACUGAGUUUCGCGCUCACAAUGCUGGCUGGAGUCUGUUAUUUUGGAUCACAAGGUAAAUAAUUUUUAAAAUCAUUAAAAAAAAGUUUUUUUUUAUAUUUUUGCAUAGCAAAGUUAAGAAACACAAAAAAAUAAAAAAAAGUAAAAAAAAAAUAAAGUAAAAAUAAUAAGUAAAAUAAAAAUUUUUGAGCCCUCAAUUAAAUCUAAUUUAAAAAAUCUUUAGCCUGUGCCCCAUACGUUUAUUUGACCUUCAACCGGACCAUUCGGAACAUCGUCUUGGACAAGUUCUGCCCUUGUUAUAAGCGAAGAGCCCAAAUUUCGACGACCUUGUCGCAGGCGAAGCAAAGCAACGGCUCGUCGGCGUUCAGUGGAAAGGGAUAA